GGCCAGAGAGAACGGUCAGCCCACCACAGCGUCCAUCUGAUAGACUGCACCCAUCACAACAUCUUAUGCCACACCAGUGACAAGCCACAUUACACUCGUGAAAGUGCCACACCAGUGACGAGCCACAUUACACCUGAAAAAGGGCCACACCAGUGACGAGCCACAUUAUACCCGUAAAAGGGCCACACCACAACUCAUCAGAAUCAGCCUUGAAGAUCAGGACAGGUACCGUCAGGAAGAAACUACGACGGGAAUUUUUUCUCAGUUGCUCGACCAAAUACUCGCUAACGAUGCCUGUUGGAGCUGGUGGAUUAUUAAAUUCUAAACCGAAACUAUCAACAGAAAGUGUACGAUGCCAGAAGUGCCUGGAACUUGGUCAUUGGACGUAUGAGUGUAAGGGUAAGAGGAAAUAUGUUCACAGAGACUCUCGAACAUCCAUGCUGAACAAGAGAGUCAAGCAGGAGAAGCAGGAACAACAGUCUGAGAACUUAAGAAAGAUGGUGUUACAUAAAGAGAGGUCACAGAAGCGCGACAAAAAGAAACACAACUCGAGUGAUUCUGAUUCCUCCUCUUCCUCUUCGUCAUCAUCAUCAUCGUCUUCAUCAUCAUCAUCAUCGUCAUCGUCUGAUUCAGAUUCUGACUCCUCAGACUCUGACUCGUCAACAAGCUCAUCUUCCAGCUCCUCCAGUUCUUCAGAUUCAUCAAAAUCAUCCAGUUCAGAUGAUCAAAAAAAGAAGAAAAGAAAGAAAAAAAGUUCAAAGUAAUGAAAAUCAUUCAUUAUGUAGCAUUUGUUUAUUUUUAUAUUUCAUAUCGCAUCUAAAACAAUCCCACUCCAUAAAGAAUUUUAAAUUUAAGAUGGACAUUUUAUACGACAAUUAGGUACUGUACCAGUCUUAUUUUCUCUAGCUUCAUAUACAGUGCAGUACAGCAAUGUGUAUUUAAAUGUUUUAUAAAAAUCAUAGGGCUAGUUGCUCUUACAGGUUAUUUUAAUAACUGAAUGUAAUCAGCUGCAUGCAAGCAAAAAUCUGUCUAGUUCAAAAUUUACAUUAUUCUACUGUUUUGGAAAUACUGUAUUCAGAUUAUUUUUAAAUGCAAGGACGAGUUGAAUUAUUAGAUGCUGUACAGCAGGAAUGUCAAACUGAGGGUUUCCCCGAGUGUCAUAUAGGUCACAUUUAUGUUAUCAUGAAGGGCCACACACAAAAACUAAUUGAAGUCAUAAAAUAAAAAUUAUUGCAGAAUAUUUUUUGUUUUAUUAUAUAUAAAAUUACAGUAUCCUUUGUGUGGGCCGCAGGUAUGCUUGCAAAAGGCCGCAUAUGGCUCGCAGACAGCAUGUUUGACAUGCCUGCAGUGUACAGUAUUCAUAUUCAUUUUAAAUGUAAGAAUGACUUUUCAUUUGUAUUAGGAAUGUUGAAUUGUAUUGAUAUUGAUGUGCAUCAGGAAUGUGUAACAUAACCUAUGUUCAUCACAGUAUUUAAUAAAAUAUAUAUAAAAUGUA